GAUCCUUCAUUUCUCGGGAGAUGCAGGAGUAGUUGAAUUAAAUAUAACCGCUCAAAAAGAGCGGAAGUGGCUUGUCAAUCAGACUACCAGGCUUUCUGUUCAAAACUCCCCGCAUUGCAGAUCCCCUCAUCUGUACUUGGCAACCAUCCCUUACUUGCAAUCUUCCACUGUGGAUCCCAUCACUAUGCCAGGCCGUCUAGAGGGCAAAGUCGCCAUCGUAACAGGAGCGGGAUCGGGGUAUGGUCGAGGCAUCGCGAAGAAAUUCGUCGAAGAGGGGGGGAGAGUGAUCAUAGCUGAGCUGUCUGGGAAGAGCGGCGAGGAAGCAGCCGCAGAACUCAACUCUACCUUUGUCCUCACGGACGUAACCAAGAAGGCAUCCUGGCGGAAUCUUCUUCAGACCGUGUUGGACAAGCACGGACAGCUGGAUAUCGUUGUCAACAAUGCCGGGGCUACAUACCUCAACAAGCCAACGGUGGAUGUCACCGAGGAGGAUUUCGAGCUGUGCAUGAACGUCAAUGUCAAGUCGAUUUACCUCUCCACCAACGUGAUAGUCCCCUAUUUCCUGGAGAAUAAGCGUCCGGGAUGCUUUAUCCAGAUCUCCUCCACGGCGGCGCUUCGACCUAGACCACGCCUGACAUGGUACAAUGCUUCCAAGGCAGCGGUAUGUAAUGCUUCGAAGACGAUGGCUGUCGAGUAUGGACCGGAUAACAUCCGAUUCAACUGUAUUUGUCCCGUAAUCGGGAUAACAGGAAUGACACAUCUGUUCCUUGGUAAGCCUGCUACGGAGGAGAACCGCGCUGGAUUCGUCUCGACGGUGCCGCUGGGCCGUCCAAGCAUGCCCGCAGACAUUGCAAAUGCAUGUGCCUUCCUUGCGAGUGAUGAGGCGGCAUUCAUAACCGGCGUGGAUCUGGAGGUUGACGGUGGCCGAUGUGUCUAGUGUAGUUUGGAUGGUUGUGAUUGUGAGUGGGAGUCCAACACGCCGGCGAUGGAUGCAUAUUCCAAUUGAUUGCCACCAUUGCAACGAGGUAGUUUAUUGUCCAGAUACAGAUUAACCCCAUUCAAUCUGGCAAUGUUGGUGGAAGCUGAAGCCAGCAAAACAAAGACAAGAAAUAUACAACUGCUGCGUGGCCGCAGCAAUAAUCGCCGUGG